CAACAACAACAGCACUGCUGCUUCCGGUUCACCAUUUCACGGAAGACGCUACAGCAUCCUAGUUACAUGGAAACAGGAGAGUUGUUUAUUUAAAUCGAUAUGUUCUUAUGGACGGAAGACUUGCCUAGAAGAUUAGUUUAGAUCCGAUUUAUCGCCACUCGGCAUUUACGCUUGUGAAUAAAGCCCCUCUCCAGCAGUGUGUGUAUAUGUGUGUGUGAGUGAGUAUGAGCGGCUCGGAGGUGUUUCAUGAGAAGCAGAGGUUGGAGCUGUGUGCUAUUCACGCCCUGAACAACGUGCUGCAGGAGAGAGUGUUUACCAAGGAAGCGGCUGAUGAUAUCUGCAAGCGUAGUCUUGCUCCUCAGUGCGUGGUGAACCCGCACCGCUCUGUGCUGGGUACGGGGAACUAUGACGUGAACGUGAUUAUGGCAGCUCUCCAGAGUCGUGAAUUGGCUGCAGUGUGGUGGGACAAACGUAGGUCAGUGCAGAGUCUGUGUCUGGAGAAGGUGCAGGGUUUUAUUUUGAACGUCCCGUCACGGGUGUCGCUGGGGAUCGUGUCCCUCCCACUGAGACGCAGGCACUGGCUAGCAGUUCGACAGGUCAACGGACAGUACUACAACCUGGACUCUAAGCUUAAGAGUCCUGUCUGGAUCGGAGGAGAAACAGAACUUAGGCAGUUUCUCAGUGAGCAGUUGUCUCAGGAUGUUGCCGAGAUGCUUCUCGUAGUCCAACGAGAAGUAGAAGAGGACGGAACGUGGCUUAUUUCAGAUGACCGGGAGAACUGAAAUCUCAGGAAGUUCACUCGGACUGUUCAUGCACAAUGCGAAAAGUAUUGUUCUUUUUAAAUCAGGACAGUCCUGUGCAGAGCUGCACUACCAAAGAGGAAGGAAGCACUCCCAGAUGGUCACACAUACACACAGAGAAGGCUGAUUGAAUGGUUAAUAUAAGACACAUUUCUGCUGUAAAUGAUUUUUUUAUUUAAAACAAACAAACAAACAAAAAAAAAAAGGAUUCAGGCCGGAUCGCUGUACACGUACAGCUGCAUCACCUGCCUCUCUUCCUUCUUCUGCUCAUUUCUCUCAGGAUAAGUGCUUGAGUUUUAAAAAUAACAUUUGAGCAGUCUUAUUUGUUCUGCAUCUAUGCACUGCACUGCUGAAAUUGAUGAAGGUGUGUAUCUAACUAUGCACAGAAAUGCUACAACAGUCUUUUGUAAAUAUAAUUAAAGUCGCUGAUCAUCCAGCUCGGCAUAUUUCAGGGGAAACUUUUUCUCCUGACUCUUCUUUUUAUUUGCUUGUGUGGUUUUUUUCCUCUCUGUUUCUUUAUAUCUCAGAGGAUACAAGUGGAAUGAAAAUAUUCACUAAUAAAGUGACUGUUAUUUAAAAAAUAA